AGCAGGUAUAAAAACAACAGUAACCUCUGAUCACAUCUAAUUUUUUCAUCAUUAAAGUAAAGUACCGAAAAUUGCAAUGUUGUAUAGCUAUUCUUGACGCUUGUUAAUACCUUGCCGAAUUAGCAUGGGUGGUAGUCAGGUUGUUACGGCUGGUAGGCAGCUGGUGCUAGUGCAUCUGAUGGUGCAGCUGAUGGUGCAGCUGGUACUAGCGAGCAACAACGUGACCAUCGGCAGCUACAAUGUCCACAUACGUGAACGUCGCGAGAUGACACUCCUCGAGGGUUCAACCCCCCGCGGCCACUUCAACGCCAGCCUCUUCUUCCGACCCCACCUGCCCACCGAGCUGCAGCCCACCCAGCAGGGCUCGGUGGUGGUGGUGGCGUCUCGGCAAGUGGUCCCUGGUACCACGUACCACGUGGCCGUCCAGAACCUGCAGACUCCUGGUGAACCUUUCAUGUCCAUCACGGCCACACUGACCGCCGACCGUCACCAAGUGACGUCCGCCACGGCCAAGUUGAACCCUGGCGACCUCUCCAACUUGCUGCUGCAGGUAACUUCAACUUCAACGCGCAGGGAGUCCAACUUACUGCUGCAG